AUGUCUACGACGAUACCCCCUCCCGCCUCUUCUCCCUCUGAGGUUAACAAAUUCUCCUCAAUCCCGACCAUUUCUCCUAUUCCAUCACUCACAACAUCACCGGCCUCAAGACGGUCAAAUAUUCAACGGCCAUCAUCAUUUGCAAAGAAUCGCUUGUCAACAUACUCCUCCACCUCCUUCACCUCUCAAAAUUGCUCACGUCCCGCAUCGCACGCUUUUCCAGUUUUCCAUUCAAGUCUGCCUUAUGCCUUGGUACGAGACUUUGCCUACCCACCCAUCCAUCCUCUCCAUUACGGGUCACCCUCAAUUGAGUCAGGCAUCUCUACUCCGGUGAGCGAAGCUCGACGGUUAUCCGACCCCGCCGGACCCUCAUGGGAUGGCGCACGCGGUCAUUGGCCUUCCGCGUCAUGGAAUCCAGAGGCUAUGUAUAGCAAUCAACAACUCCCUGCAAUGACGUUUGGAGAUGGACCUCCCUAUAGUGAAGAUGAAGACUUGCACAGCCCCGUCGUGACAACAACCCGACACCGCAAACAUAAAUCUGCAUUUGCAGGGUCCGAAUACCACAGAGGAAGAAGUCCCGCUGCUAAAAAUGGCAAUUCAUCUUAUUCCGCUCAAGGUGAUGAGAGAGGUAUUCUUGUUGGGGUAAACGGCGACGGGAGCACGACAUACUAUGUCAAAGAUCAUGAUGCCGUUGAAGACGGACCAGGAGGGGAAUAUGUUACAUACCCAGCUAGAGAUAGCGUUGGUGGACCAUCAUACCUGAGCCCGAACUCACAUAGUCAACUUGGUCGACGCAGAGACUCCCAUUUCGCCGCGUCAUUCCAAGGCAGACAAACCCUCGAACCAGAUAUGGAACUACAAUCCGACGACGACAUUUCGGAAGAUGAUGAGGCGUGGAGAGAUUCCUCGCGCUAUUCACGAGAUUACCAAUUCACAAUCGUGUCGCCUGAUGAAGAAAUGCACGGCAAAGCCGUUGCGCUUUUCGACUUCGAUCGCGAACAUGAGAAUGAGCUCCCGCUCAAGGAGGGACAGGUUAUAUUGGUGUCCUAUCGCCAUGGGCAAGGCUGGCUCGUUGCUGAGGACCCUAAGACGGGAGAGAGUGGACUUGUGCCGGAGGAAUUCGUUCGUUUAGUUCGGGAUAUCGAGGGGGGCCUUAAUGGGUUGAACGGUGCGCUUUCUGGUUCCUUGACAGUGGGAGGAGAAACCCCCUCUCCGGAUUCAGAAUCUACGCCAACUCAGUGUGAAAACCACAAUGAACUACCGGCCCGUGACACCUCAUCCGACCAGUCUGCGCAGCAACAACAGAGUAACGGCAAUAUACCUCCUAACGAUACCGACGAGAACACCAACACACCCACCACCACCACCACCAACAAGAACAAUAAUAGUAAUCAUCACCAAUUCAAAUGUACCGCCUCACCCUCAAAUAUUAACACAAAAGACAAACCCCACGAACAGGACGCAGAGAAUAGUCGUAAUGGCAAUCACAAAGACCACACCCGCGAAAAGAAGCAAAACCCUGCCAUCCUCUCAACUUUCUCCACGAGCAGUCGCGAUCUAGAUCCUUACCCACUAGCAGGACAUCAGCAUCGGAAAUCAACACCACCACAAAUUGAGCAUUACGAUGGCGGUGGCAUAGGGAACGGAACAGGCACAGGCACAGGCGCGGGAAACCUGAACUUGAUGGCGUCUGGGUUGUGGGAAUCAUCCGUGCGCCCGAACAGUCUCCCUAAUAAUAAGCAGAGGACGCGGUCAGGGGAGGGGAAAACGGGUUAA